AUGACUCGACAUCUCCCUCCCCACAGCCCGGAAGAAGAAUUCCCAGAGCAUCCCAUCGCGCCCAUUGACUACGCGCCGCUCUCUCCCGUCCACCUCUCGCAGGUGCACGCCUUGCUCGCCAGUACAUUCUGGCCAGGGAUCUCCGUCUCCGACUGUGCGCUUCCAGAAAACGAGCCCGAGAAGUGCACCAUCGUCGCCACGUACAAGAGGCUCGUUGUGGGCGCUGCACUGCUCAGCGGACCAAGGGAAGGGUACUUGAUGUACCUUGCUGUGAAGGCCGGCUGGGACGCUGCGGGUAUUGGCACGAAUAUGCUGCAUAUGCUUGUGAUGAAGAAUCAGGAUACGGACAUCACACUCCACGUAUCUGCAGAUAAUCCUGCUAUGCUGCUGUAUAACACCUUCGGGUUCAAAGCCGAAGAGUUCGUCGUGGGGUUCUACGACGAAUACCUGCCUCGAGAUUCCAAAGCAUGCAAGAACGCGUUCCGUCUGCGUCUCCGCCGCUAG